AUGUACUAUUAUCUUGUCAACUACAUCUACCAAAAUUUCACAUCUACAUCAACUUUUCAUCAAUUCAACUACAAACAUCCACUACAAGAUGUCUACAUCUACCAACCACUCAACAUCAACAACUACUUCCACUUCAACAAGUACCUCUACAUCAACGAGCACUUCUACAUCAACAAGCACUUCUACAUCAACAAGUACCUCCACUUCAACAAGCACUUCUACAUCUACAUCCACAUCAACAAGUACUUCCACAAGAAGGACCUCCCGUCAACACAUACUUCCACAAUGUCUAGUACCUCCACGUCAACAGUCACUUCAGAAGCAUAUGUAUCUGAUCAACUACAUCUACCACAAUUCAACAUCUACAUCAACUUUUUCAUCAAGUUCAACUACAACAUCCACUACAAGUAUGUCUACAUCUACCACCACAUCAACAUCAACAACUACUUCCACUACAACACGCACUUCUACAUCUACAUCUACAUCGACAAGUACUUCCACUUCAACAAGUACAUCUACAUCAACAAGCACUUCUACAUCUACUUCCACUUCAACAAGUACCUCUACAUCUACUUCCACUUCAACAAGUACCUUCUACAUCACAAGCACUUCACAUCAAAAGUACUUCACAAGUACCUCUACAUCAACAAGCACCUCUACAUCUACUUCCACUUCAACAAGCACUUCAACUUCAACAAGCACAUCCACUUCAACAAGCACAUCUACAUCAACAUCAACAAGCACUUCUACAUCUACUUCCACUUCAACAAGCACUUCUACAUCUACAUCCACAUCAACAAGUACUUCCACAAGAAGGACCUCCACGUCAACAAACUUCCACAAUGUCCUCAGUACCUCCACGUCAACAUUACUUCAGAAUGUAUAUGUACUUGUCAACUACAAGCACUUCUACAUCUACUUCCACUUCAACAAGUACCUCUACAUCAACGAGCACUUCUACAUCAACAAGCACUUCUACAUCAACAAGCACUUCUACAUCAACAAGUACCUCUACAUCAACAAGCACUUCUACAUCUACUUCACAUCAUCAAGCACUUCAACUUCAACAAGCACAUCCACUUCAACAAGCACAUCUACAUCAACAUCAACAAGCACUUCUACAUCUACUUCCACUUCAACAAGCACUUCUACAUCUACAUCCACAUCAACAAGUACUUCCACAAGAAGGACCUCCACGUCAACAAUAACUUCCACAAUGUCUAG